AUGAUUGAGGAUGGAGAGCUCCACAUCCAGUUGCAGAAGGUGCAUAAGGGCGAGACGUGGCAUGCUGCACUCAAAGGUCAUGGGCAGCUGGAUAUGUUCAGCGAACAGGAGGUGAACAAGAAACUGAUGCUGGAGAGAUUCCAGGAGGAACAUCCCGGAUUCGACUUCUCCGGUGCCAGUUUCAGUGGACAGGCACCUUCUGUCUGGACCUCAGGGCAGGGAUGA